UUACAACAACAGCAUUUUCUGUAAAUCACCAUUUUAAGGUUACAAGAUCUUAGUUUGUGUUUGCGGGAGUUGUUUCUCUUUCUGGGGUCAGUUUCAUUUUCCAAGAUUCUGUCAGAUCUCUUGUGGAUUCAAUGGACUUAUAAUCAUUUUAUGGUGAUUUAAAAUUGUGGAUUGCAAGUUUGCAACUUUGUAGAGCAUGAUGGAAAUUGACAAUAACAUAGUUGUUUCCGAAAAUGGGACGAGCUUUGAAAAUGGAGUUCACGAAUUUCCAGAAGCUGUUGCUGGCAAACUAGAUGGCAUUCCCAAUGGGAGUUCCAGCUCCUCUAUCGCAGAGGUUGUGCAUGAAUCAACCACAACUAUAGAAAGCAAUCCCAGUGCAAGUUCUGAGGGACAUGAUACCAAAGAGUCUGGAGAGUCGAAGAACUCCAAACAGCCAAAAGCUUCGGGAAAGGCAAAGAAUGGUAAGCCGUCAAGCCCCAAAAAUGCUCCAUCUAUUCGGGUCAAGAAAAGCAAAGAUGCAUCAGCUGGUUCUGUUGUUUCAAAUGGUUCCAUAGCCUCGCAGCCACGCACUAAACAGACUUCUUCCCUUGGCACAAAGAGUAAAUCAUUUAACGACAGGAAAACUGCUGAUACCAAUUCAAAACCUAUUGUUGCCCGUGUAAAUGUUAGUCAUGCUAAGCGUCAAUCUGGUCAACCUGAUGCAACAUCACCUUCUCCAAAUGCUGACGGCCUAAAGGAGAAAACAAAAACAAAACCCUUGAAGAAAGUUGCCCCAAAUCAAGCUGAUGGAAGUGAGAAAGUUGCCCCAAAUCAAGCUGAUGGAAGUGAAGAAUCACCUUCAAGUCCUGCUGCAGAUGCCAAGCAUCGCAAAGUAGGUGCUCUUCCAACCUACAAUAUGAGUUUCAAGUGCGAUGAAAGGGCUGAGAAAAGGAAAGAGUUUUACUCUAAGCUUGAGGAAAAAAUCCACGCGAAGGAAGUCGAGAAGAAUAACUUGCAGGCCCUUUCUAAGGAAAGUCAGGAAGCUGAGAUCAAAAUGUUAAGAAAAAGCUUAAAGUUUAAAGCAACCCCAAUGCCAAGCUUUUAUCAGGAACCUCCUCCUCCUAAAGUGGAGUUGAAGAAGAUACCCACAACAAGAGCUAAAUCCCCCAAGCUUGGCCGGAAAAAGAGCUCCCCCACCAGAGAGGUGAACGAUACUGCUAUUCACACAAGUAGAUUGAGCUUGGAUGAAAAUGCAACUCAAAAUUCCACCAAAGUACAUUCUCCUGACAUUGUUAAGAAGCCCACAAGGAAGUCUCUCCCGAAGCUGCCAUCUCAAAAAGUCAACUUAUCAAUUAAUACAAAAAAGCCCUCAAUCAAAACUAGCAUAUCCAAGGAAACAAAUGAAGCUGCAGCCAACGACAUGAGUGAAGGUGCUUCUCAACCAAACAACGUACUUGAGCAUACAAAUGAAAUUGAAGCUACAUCUACUGUGGAAACAAGCCAGAGUAUGACAAUUGUUGAAGCUCAAGCUGAGACUAAUGUGGUGCAGCAAUCCAUUGCAGUGGAGUAGUAAAAGCAAGCACUGAAGCUGUAACACAUAUACAUGAAGCACCUUUCAGUUCCUCUUUGCCUAAAAUAUUGAAAAGGUACGAAUAAGACUUGGUUCGUUUGAUGAAGGAAGGAAUGGAAGAUUUCAUACCAAGCAAUGAUGUUUUGUUCAUAGCGGCAAGGUUGGUUUGUCUUGUGUCCUUUUUUCUUUCAAGAUUUGCUGGUUUGGUCAUCUAAAAAACAGGUAGCUUGCAGCAUUUUAAGGUUGGUCUUUGCACCUUUUCUUUGGGUUAGAUGGCUUCCUGUCACCUGAUGCUGGGUAAUCAAAAUUUUUGGAGAAUUGUCUUAAAGCCGUUCAAGUCUUGAACUAGUUGAAAAUUUGGCACUCAUGGGGCUUGUACUGGCUGUUUGAGCUGUUCUCUUUGAACAUCAUGGUUUUUGCUUGUUAAUCGCUAUGUAUUUAUAAAUUUGCAUAUACUUUUUACGUGAUUCUCUUUGCCAUGCACUUUAA